AUGGAAAAUAGUGCAAGAUAUUACUAUGAUGCACCAAAUGGCAAAUGGUGGUAUUUCGAAGUCCUGUCAAGAGAAUGGAUAGAAUGUGAAGAAACGGGAAAUGAAGAAUUACCAACUAAUGAUACAGUAAUUGAAAAUAAUUUCACACAAGAAUGCUCAAAAAAACAUACCCUUAAUAAAUGCCAAAAAUCAGUAGAAAAGAAAAAGAUAAAUUACAAAUCAUACCGUAAUCAUAAAUAUAUAGACAGACGAACUGAAUUAAACAUUAAUGGUGCACAAAAAGAGCAAGGUGAUUACUCAUUAAAAAAAAACGUCCCGAACACUAAUACUACUAGUAAUAAUGUUAAUGAUAAAAGUGAUAAAAACGAACCGCCAAACGAUUUGGACGAUUCAGUAAAUAUUGCAAAUAAUGAAGUGACUAAUGUAUUGCAUUUUUCUAAAAAAAAUAUGAAACGUAUUCAAAAUAAGAACAAUAUAGAACAUAGUGAAGAAUCAAUGAAAAAAAAUGAUGAUGAUACACAAUAUUACAGUGAGAUUCAUAAUACGGAAAAUAAUUAUGAUUAUAAAGAUGAAUAUUUGACAGAUAAAAAUAAUAACACAUAUGAUAUAAAUUCGUGUGAUGAUAAAAAUCCUUUAAAAUGGGAAAAUGAAAAUAAUAAUUAUGAUAAAGACAAUACUUAUUAUGAUGAAGAAUGCAUAAAUUAUGAUGAAAGUGGCGAAUAUUAUUAUGAAAAUGAAGACCCUUAUGAGGAAAACGCUAACUCCCAGGUAUAUGAAACUUAUGAUGAACAUGCCAGUUAUGAUGGAUAUGAAAACUAUGGGGAAUAUGAAAAAAAUGGAGAAAAAGAUAUAUAUAAUGAAAAAGAAAAAGAUAAAAGGGAAGAUGAUAUAAAAAAUGAAAAGAAUGACGAAGAAAUAAACAAGAAUAAACUGUAUAUAAAUGGGGAAAAUGAUUAUAAUAAAAAUCCCAUAAAUAUCGAACAAGAUGACAAUAUUAACAGUACCAAUGAUAAUGUAUCAUGCUUAAGUAAAUCUCAAAGUGAUAAUCAAACACUUAAUGAUGAAAGUAUAAUAAAAAAUGUGGAAUAUAAUAAAGAAAGAAACAUUUCUAAUUCUUUCAGUUCGCAUUGUUCAAAAGAUUCUAAUGAGUUAAGUGAAAAAAUUAACAGUCUAUUAAAAUAUUCUAGUAAUAAUUUUUCUAGCCAUCAAGAAGAUAGUUCUGUUAUAUUAGAAAAUUUAUUGUCUCGUAGCUAUACAAGAGUUGAUUAUUUAAAUUCAAUUAAUAUGACCGAAAAAAAAAAUAAGAUCGAGCACAAUGAUAGUUUACACAAAAGCAAUAGUAAAAUGAAUAAAACAGAGGAAAGUACAGGUUUUAUUGAUUCUGAUAAAAUAAAUAACAAUAAUAAUAGCAAUAAAGAAGAUUGGAUAAAGAAGAAACAAAAUAGUUUUAAUGAAAAUAAUGAUCCUCUAUAUAAUGAUAACGAAAUAAACUGUGUUCCUUUCGUUAGAAGGGCCACAAGGAAACUUACUUUUAAAAACCAGGGAGGAUUAUCUGGAUGUUUAAAAUUAGUUCAUGAAAAAAAAAAAGAAUUAUUGUCUUCAGCGCAAAAUGACGUAAGUGACAUGGAAAUUAAAAUUGCAAAUUUUAAAAGAAGAGCUAGAGAAUUAGCACAAAGAUAUAAAACAAAAAAUAAAUCCUCAAAUGAUCAGACAAAAGCACCUUCCGAAAAAGUUCGAUUUGAAGAUAUUGUUUUUCAAGCCCAAAAGCAAAAAAGAGAAUUACAAGAAAAAGGGAGAUUUCAAUAA